CUCGGCGGCUGCGGGGAGGGCGCCCGGCGCCCAUGCCUCCGGCCCCGCGCCCCGGCUGCCCUGACCUGGCCGCAAGCUCCGUCCGUGCGCCCCGCCGGCCCGGCCUCUGGGGGCAUUCCCCCGCCGCGGCCCAGCCCCGCCACACCCCCCGCCCCCGGCCUCCACAGCUCGGCAUGGGCGCGGGGGCGUUCGCCCUAGGCGUCCCGGAGCCCUGUAACCUGUCGUCCGUCUCACCGCUGCCCGACGGCGCGGCCACGGCGGCGAGGCUGCUGGUGCCGGCGUCGCCACCCGCCUCCCUGCUGCCCCCGGCCAGCGAGGGCCCCGCGCCGCUGUCGCAGCAGUGGACGGCUGGCAUGGGCCUGCUGAUGGCGCUCGUGGUGCUGCUCAUCGUGGCAGGCAACGUGCUGGUGAUCGUGGCCAUCGCCAAGACGCCGCGGCUUCAGACGCUCACCAACCUGUUCAUCAUGUCCCUGGCCAGCGCCGACCUGGUCAUGGGGCUGCUGGUGGUGCCGUUCGGUGCCACCAUCGUGGUGUGGGGGCGCUGGGAGUACGGUUCCUUCUUCUGCGAGCUGUGGACUUCGGUGGACGUGCUGUGUGUGACGGCCAGCAUCGAGACCUUGUGUGUCAUCGCCCUGGACCGCUACCUUGCCAUCACGUCGCCCUUCCGCUACCAGAGCCUGCUGACACGCGCUCGGGCGCGGGCCCUCGUGUGCACCGUGUGGGCCAUCUCGGCACUGGUGUCCUUCCUGCCCAUCCUCAUGCAUUGGUGGCGGGCCGAGGGCGACGAGGCACGCCGCUGCUACAACGACCCCAAGUGCUGCGACUUCGUCACCAACCGGGCCUACGCCAUCGCCUCGUCCGUGGUCUCCUUCUACGUGCCCCUGUGCGUCAUGGCCUUCGUGUACCUGCGAGUGUUUCGCGAAGCGCAGAAGCAGGUGAAGAAGAUCGACAGCUGUGAGCGCCGCUUCCUCAGCGGCCCCGCGCCGGCGCCUGGACCCCCGCGCCCAGACUCUGGCUCCAGCCCCAGCCCCGGGGCGGCGGCCGCACUGGCCAACGGGCGCAACAGCAAGCGGCGACCGUCGCGCCUCGUGGCCCUCCGCGAGCAGAAGGCGCUCAAGACCCUGGGCAUCAUCAUGGGCGUGUUCACGCUCUGCUGGCUGCCCUUCUUCCUGGCCAACGUGGUGAAGGCCUUCCACCGCGACCUGGUGCCCGAUCGCCUCUUCGUUUUCUUCAACUGGCUGGGCUACGCCAAUUCCGCCUUCAACCCCAUUAUCUAUUGCCGCAGCCCCGACUUUCGCAAGGCCUUCCAGCGCCUGCUCUGCUGCGUGCACCGGGCGGCCCGCGGGCGCCACGCGACCCCUCGCUCCCGGCCGCGCGCCUCCGGUUGCUUCGCCCGGCCCGGGCCGCCGCCGUCCCCCGGGGCCGCCUCGGACGACGAGGAUGAGGACGUCGGGGCCACACCGCCGGAGCGCCUGCUGGAGCCCUGGGCCGACUGCAACGGCGGGGCGGUGGGGUCUGCGGCGGCGGACAGCGACUCCAGCCUGGACGAGCCGUGCCGCCCGGGCUUCGCCUCCGAAUCCAAGGUGUAGGACCCAGUGCGCGCCCGGGUGCCCAACCGCGCCAGCCGGGACGCGCGUCCUGCCCCUGUGGAGCAGAAGGAGAUCCCAGCCCCAGCGCCCUAGGCGGCCUCCGGGCGAGAAGUGGAGAUGAGUGUUUACUCGAGACCGGAAGCAGGUGAACUCCAAGUCCACAAGCCCCUCCAAAUCACUCAAAACACGCAGAAAAGUUUCGGGAAGGACCGUUGCGCAGAAAGGAAAGUUUGGCGCCGGGUGGGAGAGUGGCCAUUUCUGUUUGUGGUUGGGUCGCAGGUGUGUGUGUGUGAUGCAUGUUGAGAUGGUGUUUGACACCUGCGAGGAGGACUGGAGUGGGGAUGGAGUGGGUUGGGGAAGGCAGAAGCGAUAGGAGAUAAAUAUAUAUAAAAACAAACUCUGGGCUUGGCUUGCACGCCGUCCAGGAAUCAGGGGCAGUCAACCAGAGAGAGAGUGGCAAGGGCAGUUUGUCGGGACUGUCUUCUCUUGCUCUGAAGGAGUUCCUGAGCCCUGAUUGCUCCUGUUCUCAAAGCAAAGGGAAGGGGUGUACGCACAAAAAGGAAAAAAAAAAUCACGUUUCAAGACGUUUUAAGCAGCGCUUGGAACCCCGCUUGGGCGCACUCUCCUCCUGGGGCACAGCCCUGCCCCACCCCGCGCGCCUCGCAGGUCAGGCCGAGGGCUGUCUACCUCACACUGUGCACAUUGCACAGCCAGAUAGAAAGACUUGUUUAUAUUAAACAGCUUAUUUAUGUAUCAAUAUUAGUGGGAAGGACCAGGCGCUGAGCCUCUCUCUGUGACAUGUGACUCUUGUCAAUUAAAGACAGGACAGAAAAAGGAAUUUUAGGAGAAAAAAAAAAAACGAGGAAAUUUUAAUGACUGCACACGUGGAUAAAAACAAAACAAACAAAAAGGAAGUGGCUCAAAUGCCAUUUUUUCUUGCAGUGUCAGGAAUCAUUAAGGCCGUGGAUGAUGCUACCUGCGCAAAAAAAAAAAAAAGUCAAUAUUUUUUUCAUGAGAUGGGGAAGGGAGAAGAGCUUAAAAACUCAAAUAAAGUUCAAAUUCUACUUCUGUUGUCCAUGAUAUUAUUGAACUAAUGAUUUAUUGGGGACUUGCCUUUUUAUACUCUUAUCAUGGUACUGUAACUGUAUCCAUAAUAUAAAUAUAAUUAUCUUAAGGAUUUUUUAAUUAUUUUUUUAUGUCCAAGUGCUCACGUGAAUCUGCUGGUAAAAUUUAGCACUUGUGUGUAAAUGUGAUUCCCUGCUGUGUGUUUUACCAAGUAUUUAUACUCCAGUGCAACUAACUACUGUGUGAGCGAUUGGUCCCUGUGCAAUAAAUGCCAAUGAAGCACAA